AUGCAAGCGAGAUGGAUACCAUUAAUAAUUACAAAGGGCUACCAACAAUGCUUGACCUCGUAUGAUUCUGAUUUUGAGAGGGUAUUCUACCUAAAUAACCUAGCCAAUGGUAUCAAGCUGCAUAAUAUUUAUAUGGUUUACGGAGGUGUGAACUACGGUCAUUCAGCUUUUCCAGUUCGCAUAACAUCCUAUGAUUACUGGGCACCUAUAAGCGAGGAUAGGUCGUUGAAGGAUAAGUACUAUGAACUGAAGUCAAUCUCACACUUUGUUCGCUCGUCUCGAGAUCUGCCCAAGACUUAUCCGGUCUCUACUCUCGAUUACGGUACCUUGCAUGUUGAUAAACUCGUCAACCCCGAUACGCAAGGCACGUUCUACGUAGCUAGGCAUAUAGAUAGUACUUCUAGAGAGAAGAGCCGGCAUUCCCUUACGGUCAGAGAUGAGGUAGGGAAGGUUGACCUGCCCGUGUACCUCAAUGAAAGGGAUUCAAGGAUUCUCUCUUCCAAUUAUUGCUGGGGCAAGACUUGUAUCCUUCACACGUCAGCAUCAAUUUUCACUUCCACCACGAUAGGUAACACCGACAUACUGGUCCUGUACGCUCCUCAGGAUGAGGGACACCGAUUAGCUUUUCCGCUUCACCAACAUUUGAGCAUUGCCGCAGAUACUGUAUGCAACGUGAAGGAGGAGAUUGAUAAGGAGAGGAAGGUCAUAAAAUUCCAGGUUGGGCAGGGGACAAGGGAUUUAGUGAGCGUUGUUGGGGGCAGGAGGAAGGUGGAGGUGAUACUUUUGGAUUCGAAAGAGGUCUCCUGGGCCUGGGAAGCGGUUGUGGAACCCGGAAACGAGGAGUCUUUUGGUGCAUUCUACAGUUUUGGUCAUAAUGAAAGAGUUCUAGUACUUGGACCUUGGAAUAACCAGACUCUCAACUCCGAGCAACACCAAUUGACCAAUUUUGGUGAAGGGAAAUGGUCAGCAGUCCUUCCUGGUCCUAAUUCAGAACUUCUCUUUCAGCGGACCGAGAAGAUGAUACAGGGAUGGAAGUAUAGAGAUGGCCUUCCUGAGGUUGAAGCGAGUUUCAAUGAUUCGGGGUGGAAGAAUGCGGACAAGAAGGUCACAAGUAAUCCUUUUCAGCCUUAUGGUAAACAAGCAGGGUUUGAAGGGGAAUAUGUUUUAUAUGGGACGGAACCAAUACGGGAGCGAAAGGGUUUGGCUCUGAAAGUCAGUCUAAUUUCUGGACCUGGGGGCGUUGGAGCGUUUUGGUUGAACGGAGUGUACCUGGGAACCGGGAUAGCCGACAUUGAGACAGCGCAGCAAGAAGUCAAUUUAACGUUAAGAAUACCACACAACGUGAUACGACAAGGGAGGAAGAAUGUCAUAACUAUAGUGAUAGAUCCAGCCCCAUUGGAAGAAGCAGGAGCAUAUACGGGCACGACAGAGUCAAUAUCAGCACCUCGAGGUAUAAGAGGGUACUCACUACUGGGACGCGAUACCUCAGCUAUCGAGUGGAAGAUUCAAGGCAAUACGGGUGGAUGGGAGCAGUAUCCGGAUAAGGUCAGAGGGGUCUUCAACGUUGGUGGUCUAUACGGGGAACGAAAAGGUUGGAACUUGCCUGGAUAUGACGAUGGACGAUGGGAAAAUGAGCACUUCGACGGGAAACACCUGGUCACAGUCACAGCUGACUUGGACGAGGUACAAGAUAGCGGGGCCGGGAUAGGUUGGUGGAGGGGAAGAAUUGAAGUUGAAUAUCCAGAUGGCCUGGAUCUGCAUUAUUCUUUCGUUUUCCCGAGAAUUCUAUCGCCAGUCAGGGGUCAGCUCUUCGUGAAUGGAUGGCAGCUCGGGCGAUUCUAUGGUGAUCUUGGCCCUCAAUAUCGCUUUCCCAUUCCACCAGGCAUUUUAGCCCAAGGAAACAAUACAGUAGCAAUCUCCCUUUUCGGGUAUGAUAAGUCAGCAGACCCCAAGAAGUUCAUUGAGGGAUUGGUAAUGGAGGUGGAUGAGUUCGUUACCACAACCAGUCUGAAGCUGAGAGAGAUGAAAGUCGAGAGCCCAAGCUGGGAAGAGGUGUUCCGAUCUGGGGCAUGA